GCAAGGACAAUUCACAUAAUAAAAAAGUGGAAGUUAUAAUUAAAUAUCGAGUAAAUAGUAAUGGAAAAAUUAAAAUAAAAACCGGAUUUUGUAACGAAAACAUCGAGUAAAGAGUUUCAAGGUAAUUUGCUUUAAGGUCUUAUUAAUGUUUGUUGUUGUAUCUUAAUUAAGUAAAUUGAAUUAAGAGAGUUGGAGAAAAUUAAGUAUUAACAUUCACCAGAAGUUGAAGAAGUUCAGCAUAACAAGGAAUAUAGAAAAAAAAACACUACCAAAAAAAUAAUAACUUUAGCAUGUUACAUGCGAGACAAAUCGAACCUAAUCGGGAAAGAAAUAAUAAAAAAAAUUAUUAAUAAGAAAAUACUCAAUAAAACAUCAGCAGGAAGGAUUGUUGCUCGGAUUUAUAGUCUUUUAAAAUUCAUCUAUCUAUUUAUAUAAGAAAAUCCGAAAAUGUUCAAUGGUUUUUAGUGUGCAAACCAAGAAUCAAUUCCAAUAUACAGGGUGAAACAUAUAUAAGGAUGUGUUUAACGAGACUACGUGUAAUGUUUUUAUAUCUGCCACUUAACGCAACAAUAGCUGAAAUAUUCAGGUACAAUUUCAGAGUGGAAACAGCGCUGACUGUUGCCUUUUGUUCUCAAAAACAUGUUUUACCUCUAACUGAAACAGAAGGAUUAAAGAACCUUUAAAUAAUUGAUUUUUCAGGCUGACAUGUUUUAAGGAAACCGCAAUAUUUGCUACUGCCUGAAAACUCUCCGGGAUAUUUUCACCGUAUGUCCUGCAUACAUUUUCCCGUUUCCCGAUAUUCUGCAAACCCUCGAUCCUGCGAAUGCUCGGUCCUCAAUCCCCCACGUUUAGUGCAAAGCAGGAAAUCGGGAAGUAUAGAUCUGCCUAAAACGCGCUCUCGACUAAUUCCAUUCAAAUCUUAUUAAAAUGGUCGUCGCAACUUUAGAUGAAAUUAAAAUGUUCGCUGUUGGUAUUUUGAUAGUGGCAUGUUUCAGUUGUACAUCCGCAAUUUCCAACAAUCUCACAUGUUACCAGUGCACAAGACACGAUUUGCAGAACUGCGAUAUUCGGGAUCUGAAAGCGUGUGGCUCCCCGUUUGACCGAUGCGCUAUGCACGUCUCGAAGAAUGCUCAGGAAGGCUUGGUAGUAAAGAGGGAAUGUGGAUUGGCGCCGUGCUCAUUUGACGAUGAAUUAAUGGCUUCAGGUCUCGGGAUGCAGUGCAACCCAAAUAGCGACUCAUAUAGCUGCACUUAUUGCUGCAAGGAAAGUGGAUGCAACAAAAGCGCAUCUCGAGCAAAUAACAUAUCGACGUUUCUGUUGAUUUUUUGCCUUGUUCUAGUUUGCCUUUUAAAUGUUGCCAGGGACUUUGUCUCUCCGUAUGUUCCCGGGGAAAAGAUCGAUUUUAAGUUAUAAAUGUAAACUGUUAAAGCCAAA